AUGUCUAAAGUUCAUCAACUUCUCAUUUUUCUUUGUUUUUUAUCUACUUUAACAAAUUCUACGAAUAUCUCUUCAUGUAUUUCUAAUACACCUUGUAAAUGUAUUUUAACUGAACAUUCAUUUAUACUUAAUAAUUGUUUACAUUCAUUACCAGAUUUACCAAUAUUUAAUCCUAAUACUUCAAUAAAUAUAACAACAAUUAUUGCACAAUAUGCUUUAAAUCGUUGGCCAUUACAUUUAUGUACAUAUUCAAAUAUUGAAAUACUUGAUUUAAGUGGUUCAAAUUUUGAUUCUCAAUAUAUUGAUUUAUCAUGUUUAACACAAUUAAUUCACUUAAAUUUAAGUAAUACAUCUAUGAAAAAAAUUCCAAAUUUUGAUAAAUAUUCAUUAAAAUAUUUACAAAUACUUGAUAUAUCAAAUAAUCAAAUAGAAAUUCUUGAUGGUAGUUUUUUUCGUUUAUUAAAUAAUUUAAGUAUAUUAAUUAUAGAAAAUAAUCCAUUAAAAGAAAUUAAUUAUUUUGAAUAUUUACUUAACUUAUCAUAUCUUAAAUUUAUUAAUUUAAUAUCAUCAAGUUCAAUUAUGACUAUAAAAAAUUUAUUAACUGUAACACAAUGGAUUGAUCUUGCUCAUAAAUGGAAUAAUUCAAAUAAAACAUUUAUUAUUCGUACAAAUACAUUUUCAUUACAAUCAAUUUUACCAAAUCCAGAACAAUUUCAAUUAAUUUCAUUAGAUUUAAUGAAAAUUAUUUUAAAAACAUUAUCAAAUUCAACAUUUACCACAUUAUUUUCUACACCAAAAUGUAAUUGUAUUUAUAUUCGAAAUUAUCAACAAAUAUUUUCUUUUAAUAAUUAUCAUAAAAAUUUAUCCUCAUUAUUUCAAUCAACAACUUGUCUUAUGCCAAAUGGAAUUAUUCAUGCACGUUUAUUUGAUCAACGAACAUUUACUGAUUUAAAUUUGUUCAAAAUUCAUGUUCAUUUUUAG